AUGAAACCGACUAAGAGUCCAGGUGUAAAUAUUCUCAAUCGUAUAUUUUGGCUUAUCUUAAACUUACUUUUCGGUGGUUUUACUGCACUCACUCUGUUGAUUUGGGUUAGUUGUGAUAUGGAAAUGCCUACAUUCUUCUUUCCUCUUCUAACGUCAUCUCCAUUCCUACAGUCGGUCUUUCAUUUACGAUGGUUUGAUCUGCAACUGACAUUAUUCCAUAAAAUUCUAUUCAAUGUCUGUUUAUUCGGUCUGUUCGGUUUCGUUCACACAUUUUUCGCUCGAGACGAUGUUCAACGUUAUUUUAUUACUAAAUUCUUGUUUCCGUCAAUUGGAUUAAGAACGUUUUAUCUGAUUCUAACAAAUCUAACCGCAUGGAUAAUGAUGGGAUUCUGGCAGCACACAUCGAUUCAACUAUGGGAUUUUCUAAGCAAUCCUAUAUUUGAAAUUGAGUACAGAAAACAUAAAAUAUUGUUAACAUUAUUCUCCAUAAUCAAUCUCCCAGGUAUGCUGGUAAUUAAACAAUUCAGCAUAUUGCAAUUCUUUGGCGUCAAGCAAAUUUUUCAGCCUUCCAGCUGUCUGAUGAAUUUCCGAACCACAGGAAUGAAUAAAUUAGUCACCGAUGGCAUGUUUCAUUAUUGUCGUCAUCCGAUGUACUUGUUCUUGUUAGUUGGUUAUAUUCUUUCGCCAUGUGUUUCGUUAGACAAGUUUUUAUUUAUUAUCUAUGCCAUUGGUUAUCUCUACAUCGCCAUUCCAAUCGAAGAAAAGAAGUUAGAAGUUAUUUUUGGACCAGCGUAUAUCGCAUAUAAAAAAUGUGUACCAGCUGUGUUACCAAGAUUUGAGAAGAAAAACAAACUUGUUUAG